CAGUUUCCCUUAAAGCUUGUUUCACUUCCAUCGCCGCCUUCUCAUGGGCCACGACGCCGCAGCUCACCGCCGUGACGGCCACGACCGGCGCCACCACCCUUACCGUGGCGCGGAGGCCGGAGCCGCACGCGCAGGCGCGGCGAGCCUCCUCGUCGGCAGCGGCGAGCAGGGCGCCGGUCAGGUCCUGAGCUUCCGUUCCGGCGGCCGGCCUUGGCUCGGGCUCGCGUUCGCGGCGCCGCACCCAUGGGCGAACCGGGACGAGCAUGUGGUGCAGCGCCACGACGCGCCAGAGUUUGCGCCACCGCCUCCUCCUCGUCCUUUCUCCUCCUGGGACCGCGUGCCCAUGGCGGCGCUCGCCGCCGGUGAGCCGUUCUCUGGUCGAGCGACGGGAGGCGAUGGUGGUGUGCGGAGCGACGUCAUGGCUCCUCCUGCGAUGGCGGAGGAGGCGAAGGUGUCGUGCCUGCCGCUCGCGAGGGAGGUCGGCCGCAGGGCGGCGGCGGCAGGCGGCGGCCAGGGGCGCAACUUCAUCGUCUCGCCGCUGUCCUUCCACGCGGCGCUCGCGCUGGUGGCCGACGGCGCGCGGGGCGAGACGCAGCGCGAGCUCCUGGGCUUCCUCGGCUCGCCGUCGCUCGCCGAGCUUCACCGCUCGCCGACGACGCGGCUCGUCGCGAGGCUCCGCCACCUGCCGAACACGUCCUUCGCCUGCGGCGUGUGGGUGGACCGCGGCCGCGCGCUCACGCCGGAGUUCGCGGACGCCGCCGCGUCGCGCUACGCCGCCGUCGCCGAGCCCGCCGACUUCGCCACCCAGCCCGAGCAGGCGCGGGAGCGAGUCAACGCCUUCGUGUCCGACGCGACGGAGGGGCUCAUCCGCGACGUCCUCCCUCCCAACUCCGUCGACUCCUCCACGGUGGUCGUCCUCGCCAACGCGGUCCACUUCAAGGGGACGUGGUCGCUGCCGUUCCACCCGUCGGCGACCUUCCACGCGCCGUUCCACCUCCUCGACGGCGGCGCCGUGCGCGCGCCGUUCAUGACGACGGAGAUCCCCUUCGAGCGCCACGUCGCCGCCUUCCCCGGCUUCACGGCGCUCAAGCUCCCCUACAAGAACGUCGGCGGCGGCGGCGGUGGCGACGGCGUGCCCCGAGCCGCAUUCUACAUGCUCCUGCUCCUCCCCGACGGCGACGGCGCGCUCAAGCUCGCCGAUCUCUACGAUAUGGCCGUGACCACGCCGGAGUUCAUCAAGAAGCACACGCCGGCGGCGGAGGCUCCGGUGAGGCGGCUCAUGGUCCCCAAGUUCAAGUUCUCGUUCAAGUUCGAGGCGAAGUCCGACAUGCGGAAGCUGGGCGUGACCCGAGCUUUCGCCGGCGGCGACUUCUCCGGCAUGGUGACCGGCGGGGACGGUCUCUUCAUCGCCGAAGUGUAUCAUCAGGCCACCAUCGAGGUGGACGAGCUCGGCACCGUGGCCGCCGCCUCCACCGCCGUGGUUAUGAUGCAAAAGGGGAGCUCACUGCCGCCGGUGGACUUCGUCGCCGACCGGCCGUUCUUGUUCGCCGUCGUCGAGGAGCUCACCGGCGCCGUACUGUUUCUUGGGCAUGUGGUCAAUCCUCUCGCUGAAUAAAUAAGGGAUUUAGGAACAAAAUUAUUUGCCCAGUUGUGAUUUGUGAAUCUGUAUUUGCCGAAAUAAUUUCAGUUUGUAACUCUCAUGCAAACUUUGUACUAUUUGUUUGUAAUCAGUGAUUUGGUAAAUUCGAUAGAUGGUUCAAAUGAUCUGUA